AUGAGCUCGUCGGCGGCCAAGAAGGGGGCGUCGAUGGUGGUGGCGACGAGCAUGGCGGCCGUGGAGGCGCUCAAGGACCAGGCGGGGCUGUGCCGCUGGGACUACGCGCUCCGCUCGCUCUACCACCGCGCCGUCGUCACCGGCCGCCGCGCCGUCCCGGCGUCCCUCACCUCCACCUCCUCCUCCUCCCAGGCCACGAGCGGCAGUGUGGCCGUCGUCGGGAGGGCUGCCCGGCCCAGGCGAUCCGAGGAGGAGAAGCUGCACAUGGCGUACCACAUCGUCUGCUGGGGCCCCAACUGA